AAAUCUGUCCUACGAAGUAACGAAACCCGCAUGUCUGGAAGGGGUAAAGAUUGUGGACAUGGUCGCCAUUCUCUUUGACGCGGCCGCGAAGCUUAUAACCCGGACGUGUAUCCUUCCUCGAAUUAUAGAGAGAAUCGCUAGAAUGGAACCAGUAACGGGCGAGAAGAUCCAUGUUCAUUAUGAUCACAAUGACGGGCUUGAGUCCAUGCGCUGGACGGCCAGGGAAGCUUACUGCUUCAUGUAUGGGAGACCUUGGGAUCAGGUUGUGAAAUUCUAUGCUCAACUGGUGGAUGGACAACUAUGCUUAUCAAGUAUAUUGGGUGUUCAGAGGCCGUUAAAUGGGAAUCCUAAUUUAAUGCCUGAAACUUGUGAGAAUGCUGCUAUGAUGAACAUGAAUGUCAAAGACAGGACUGGCCGUUGGGCAAGAACAACUUUUAAGAUAGUGGUUUCCUAUCAUGGAGCAUCUUUCGAUGGAUGGCAGAAGCAGCCAAACCUAAAUACUGUUCAAGGGUCAAUUGAAGAUGCUCUUGGGAGGUUUGUUGACGAGAAAAAGGCAAUGCAGCUAAAGGACAAGUCUUUACCAGUCCAAGGCUGUGCUGUAGUUGCAGGACGUACUGACAAAGGGGUGACAGCUCUUCAGCAAGUUUGUUCCUUCUAUACAUGGAGGACAGAUGUGAAAGUGGAAGAUAUUGAAGCUGCAGUUAACUCUAUGGUUCCAGGGUUGCUUAGAGUUGUAUCUGUUGUUAAGGUCUCUCGAGUUUUUCAUCCUAAUUUCUCUGCAAAGUGGAGACGUUAUUUCUAUAUCUUUCCGCUCAGCCAUGGGAAGUAUGAUAAUGACCAUAACAAUGGAAAGGUGAGUGUUCUUACCUAUUUGAGAGGCGCAAGGAAAUUGCAGGAAAAUUCAAUCCUUGAUGGAGGUGAGACGGUUGGAUCCCUGGCUGUCGAAGACGUCAAAGCAUUCUAUUGUGGAAGUAAACCAAAAGUCUUUAGCAUAAGCAAGGUUAAUCAAAUGCUGCAACAGCUUGAAGGGAAGGUCCUUUCAUAUAAGAUGUUUGCACGUGACACUAAGGCAUCAAGGAGCACGGGCCCACCUACGGAGUGUUUUGUCUACCAUGCUCGAGCUACAGAAGCCAAGCUACCAUCACAUGAUGAGGCUCACAAAGAGGGCUCCAAUGUUCUGUGCGUGGAACUGGUUGCAAACCGUUUCUUGCGGAAGAUGGUAAGAGUUCUUGUUGCCACUUCUCUUAGGGAGGCGGCAGCUGGUGCACCGGAAGAUGCACUAUUAAAACUCAUGAAUGCCACAUGCAGACGCGCAACGGCGCCUCCAGCGCCACCACAAGGGCUCUGCCUUGUUGAUGUUGGUUAUCAUGAGGAAUUCACGAAAGAAAUGGCUCUCAUAUCCUAGCUUGUGAAAUGUCUCUGACUGUUCUGGUUUUUUACUGUAAACAAUCCAGGCGAUCGCUUGCGCCUCAUUUAGAUGAAGGCUUUUAUCCCUACAUCCUUCUAAUCUUUUGUAGUUUUAUCCGUCAUUUUGGACCGAGACACAUGAAGGGGUGGGUUGACAUUUUUGAAAAACGAAAGGAUGAUUAGCGGAUAGUUUUGAAUCCUGUACAUAUCUUAUGUAGACGACUAUUUAUGGCAUUUUAAGGUCAAUUCACCCUUUUGUUAUUUUA